UACAGUUCUGCCUACUUAUCUUAUUGAAUACAUUGAAUGCCACUUCAUUACUAGUGACCAAUACUUCGACGCUUUGACAUCGUAUCUUCCAGAAAGUUCUUAUUCAAGUAAACUUCAGCCAACAAUUGUACGAAUAAUUAUUUAAAUACCUUUUAUUAAUUCUCUGGUAUUUGUGGUCAACGAUUUCUUUACUCGAUAAGAUACGUUCAUCUUUCCACGGAUUGUUUAUUUGUAUAUAAUCAUAUAAUAUAAUUAUUCAGGAUGAAGGGUGCGCAGGAGUCAAUAGUCAGAGCAAAACUCCGAGUUAACUUCAACGACAGUUGCGGAAAAAAUAGGAAGCUCGCAGACAAGAAUAGAUAGAUAGAUCCUUGUCUCUCCGAUGAUGGUGUGAUAGAGAGGAUGAUACAACAAUUGCAGGAGAGACAAAGACAGAACGAUGUUAACCAAUUGUAAUUUUCCAAUCAGUUAUUAACAUUAUUUGAGCCCAGGAAACGACCUUUCCGUCUGAUUUUUUGUAUUAAACUGUUCCUGGUAAAAUUCUGCAAUUUCGCGUUUGAAACAUGAUAAAAAUACGUUUAGAGGCAAGACAUUUUUUGUAGAUCUUUUUUCAGAAAGAGGAAUACAACGCGCGCUGCGAAUUUUACAAGCAACAGUUUAAUACAAAAAAUCAGACGGAAAGGUCGCUUCCUCGGCUCAAAAAAUGUUAAUAACUGAUUGGAAAAUUAUAAAUGGUUGACAUCGUUCUGUCUUUGUCUCUCUUGGAAUUGUUGUAUCAUCCUCUCUGUCACAGCAUCAUUAGAGUGACAAGGACCUAUCUAUCCUUAUCUCGGAGCUUCCUACUUUUUCCACAACUGUCGCUGAAAUCAACUCGGAGUUUUGCUCUAACUCCUGCGCACCCUUAUGGGUUAGAGUUUGUAGCAGUAAUUGUAAUUACACUUUUGUAUUAGAAAAAUAAAACUGUGUUGUUAAUUGUUAAUACGUUUUGUUGUGAUAUAAGUGUUUAGUUUCUUAACUGAUUAGUAUUCAAAUAUUAUUAGUCCAUAAGAUGGCUGAUUCCAGUGACUUGGAUCGGCAGAUAGAACAGCUGAAAAAAUGUGAAAUUAUCAAAGAAGCAGAAGUCAAAGCUCUUUGUGCAAAGGCACGCGAAAUUUUAAUUGAAGAAAGUAAUGUGCAGAGAGUUGAUUCUCCAGUUACUGUAUGUGGAGAUAUCCAUGGACAAUUCUAUGAUUUGAAAGAAUUAUUUAAAGUUGGCGGAGAUGUUCCAGAAACAAAUUAUCUGUUCAUGGGUGAUUUUGUCGACAGAGGAUUUUACAGCGUAGAAACAUUCCUCCUCCUUCUGGCAUUAAAAGUUCGCUAUCCUGACAGGAUUACAUUAAUAAGAGGAAAUCAUGAAUCCCGGCAAAUUACACAAGUUUAUGGUUUUUAUGAUGAAUGCCUUCGUAAAUAUGGUAGUAUUACAGUUUGGCGGUAUUGUACAGAGAUAUUUGAUUAUUUAUCUCUCUCUGCUAUUAUCGAUGGAAAAAUAUUUUGUGUUCACGGAGGAUUAUCUCCAAGUAUUCAAACACUGGAUCAAAUAAGAACUAUAGACAGGAAACAAGAGGUUCCACAUGAUGGACCAAUGUGCGAUUUACUUUGGUCAGAUCCUGAGGAUACUCAGGGUUGGGGAGUUUCACCACGUGGAGCUGGUUAUCUUUUUGGUAGCGACGUUGUAGUACAGUUUAAUACUGCAAAUGAUAUUGACAUGAUAUGCAGAGCUCAUCAAUUAGUUAUGGAAGGAUAUAAAUGGCAUUUUAAUGAGACUGUUCUAACUGUUUGGUCAGCACCUAACUAUUGCUACAGAUGUGGAAACGUGGCUGCUAUAUUAGAAUUAAACGAACACCUUCAACGAGAUUUCACAAUAUUUGAAGCGGCACCACAAGAAAGUCGAGGAAUACCCAGUAAAAAGCCUCAAGCUGAUUACUUUUUAUAAAACAAAUUUCCAUUAAAAAUGACUGUAUAAACCAAAACAUCUCCAAAUAUUUAAAAAAAAGAAAACCUUAAACGAUUGCAUGAUAUGUAUUUAAAUGGAUGUAAACAUGUCCAAUAAAUAUGAAAGCAGCU